CUGGUAGAAUGGUGGCUCUGUGAAGUAGGAACUGCCUCAACGGAGUUCAUCUCACCAUGGAAGUAUGAGUUCAGGACAAAGAGGCAUAGGCAGGCUGCUGGGCCGGCUGGUGCCAUCAUGGCAGAGAAAGUGAACAACUUCCCACCGUUGCCCAAAUUCAUCCCGCUGAAGCCAUGUUUCUACCAAGACUUCGAGGCAGACAUUCCUCCCCAGCAUCUGAGCAUGACCAAGCGCCUCUACUACCUGUGGAUGUUGAACAGUGUCACGCUGGCCGUGAACCUGGUGGGCUGUCUCGCGUGGCUGAUCGGAGGCGGGGGAGCCACCAACUUUGGCCUCGCCUUUCUCUGGCUCAUCCUCUUCACACCCUGCUCCUACGUCUGCUGGUUUCGGCCCAUUUACAAGGCCUUCAAGACUGACAGCUCCUUCAGCUUCAUGGCAUUCUUCUUCACCUUUAUGGCUCAGCUGGUCAUCAGCAUCAUCCAGGCUGUGGGCAUCCCAGGCUGGGGUGUCUGUGGCUGGAUCGCUACCAUCUCCUUCUUCGGAACAAACAUUGGCUCAGCGGUGGUGAUGCUCAUUCCCACCAUCAUGUUCACGGUCGUGGCUGUCUUUUCCUUCAUCGCCCUCAGCAUGGUUCAUAAAUUCUACCGGGGCAGUGGGGGGAGUUUCAGCAAAGCUCAGGAGGAGUGGACCACAGGGGCAUGGAAGAACCCACACGUGCAGCAGGCAGCCCAGAAUGCAGCCAUGGGGGCGGCCCAGGGUGCCAUGAAUCAGCCGCAGACUCAGUAUUCCACCACCCCCAACUACACAUACUCCAAUGAGAUGUGAGCCAGCUGAGCCUACUGGAAGGCAGGGCUGGGAGCCAGUGGGAUGGGGGCUGAAGCCACAUUGUCUGUUGUGGUGACCAAGCAGGGUUCCCCCUUCCCUUUUCUCCUCCCCA